UCGCAAUUUUCAUUUUUUCUUUACGUCGUAAAGAUAUAUACUUCAUCUGCUCAAAGAAAACGUUUGUCUUAAACCCUUCUCCGUCUUGGGGUUUUCUUUGGAUUCCAUACAUUACAUAUACACAAAAUAAUCAGUUAUUAUUUCUAACUUAUGUAGCAAAAAUGGGUAACUGCGUAUUCAAAGGCAAUGGUGGUUCAAGAAAAUUAUACGAUAAAGAUGAUUCGUUGAUAAAAGUGGUGACUCCAAACGGUGGCGUGAUGGAGCUUCAUCCUCCCAUCUUCGCCGAAUUCAUCACCAACGAAUUUCCCGGCCAUGUCAUCCACGACUCUUUAAGCCUCCGCCACUCAUCUCCACCGCUUCUCCACGGCGAAGAACUCUUUCCCGGUAACAUCUACUACCUCCUUCCUCUUUCUUCUUCCGCAGCCGCGACCGCUCAACUGGAUUCCUCCGACCAACUAUCAACGCCGUACAGAAUGUCUUUCGGGAAGACGCCGAUAAUGGCGGCUUUGAGUGGCGGUGGUUGUGGAGUGUGGAAGGUGAGGCUUGUGAUAAGUCCGGAGCAGUUGGCGGAAAUUCUUGCGGAGGAUGUGGAAACGGAAGCGUUGGUGGAAAGUGUGAGGACGGUGGCGAAGUGUGGCGGUUACGGCUGCGGCGGAGGAGUUCAUUCGAGAGCGAAUUCAGACCAGCUAAGCGUUACGAGUAGCUUUAAAGGGAAAUUGUGGUAAAAUUUCGAAUUAUGAAUAAACUACGUUUAUGUUUUAAUCUGUUUCACGAUUUAAGCAUUUAAAUUAGUAUGUUGAUUUCCGUAUUCAUUGAAGACUUGGAACGAUUAUAUAAGUUUAUCAACGUAGAUAUAUUUGAAAUAUCAUUGUUAUCUCUCAUGAAACAAUUAAUUUAUGAAGUCGUAGA